CUCUCCCCUUGGCCCCUGGUUUGUAAAUUGUGAUUCUUCUGGAAAUAGGUCUCGAAGUCACCAGUGCUGGGCCACAUGCAGCGAGUGGGGACUGUGCGCCAGGUUCCCAGCAGGGAAAUCUAUAAAUGGAUCCCUGAGCCUGAGGUCUCGAAGUCACCGGUGCUGGGCCACAUGCGGCGAGUGGGGACUGUGCGCCAGGUUCCCGGCAGGGAAGUCUAUAAACGGAUUGCUGAGGCUCAGGUUCUCUUGGUACGCUCUUUGGAUCAAGUAAAGAACAGGACCAGGUUUUCCAAGAAGAGUGAAAAGCUCGCCUUGGUUAAGGAUUCAGACAUUUCUACUGACGCCAGAGAAACUGCCAAAUUUCAGAUGGCUUGCAAAAGUCCAGAUAUAACCGCAGCUGAGGAAGUCAGGGGCCUACCUGAUAUUAUUGUUCCUGAGGAAAGGAGUAGUAGUAUCUUGGAACAUCUAUCAGAGCGCCAGCGAGGCCGUCACAAUGAAGCCGUGACCUCGCUGCAUCAUGAGCUUGCCUGCAUUGCCAGGGAGAUGGAACCCUUUAUUUUGGAGCCUGGACGCUUACUUCAUAAAAAACUGGUGGAUUCUGACAGAAAAAUUGAACUUCUGUUUAAAGAUAUUGAGUUGGAUGCUGCUCUGAAAGGUUUCUCGGUUGAAGGUUUGGAAGAACUGUGGAAUACCAUCCGUCAGGAAUGCUUGACCAGAAGGAAGUGGAUAAGAGAAAUGGAUGAAUCCCUCCUGAAGGCUGAAAAGAGUCGAGCCAGUGAAAUAACAGGUGUGUUGAGGAAGUAUACUCUGACACUGGAGGAGAUUGGUGCUUUCUCAUCAGCUGAUGUUCACAAGUUCAUGGAUGAUAAGGCCAUGACGAUUAACAGAGCCCUGUUAUCUAAUCGGAGGGAAAUUGCCAAGCUGUUCUUCAACCUAAUGAAGUCAGACAUGAUGAAAGAGUUAUCGCAUCGAUUGAAAUGGGAAGACAGAGUCGAGGACUGGAAGGUCAUCCAAAAGAACAAUGUAGUUCACAGUUUCAGGGAAUUUAUGGCAAAUGAAGAAAUACAGAAUCCCCCAACUGUGAAAACAGAAAUGGAAAAUAUGAUCACACAUCAGAUUUUACUUAGCCAAAGAAGACUGGAGCUUCUGCAGCACCUUGGCGAUUUGUUGCCUCCAACACACACAGAAGCUGAUGUGGGUGAAUGGUACAAAUCUUUGGAGAACGUGAACAGAAGUAUGGAUACCCACCAUGUGCAGUCUGUGACAAAAAUACGCCUCCAGUAUGAGAUGGUUCAGCAAAAAUGUUUGGCAGAAUUGCAGCUAUGCAAGAAUAACCUGUUGAAUCUGAAACUUUGCACGCAAGAAGAGGCUGAAGAAAUUGUGAAUUCUGAGUUACUGCCUUUGGCUGAGAAACUACAAAAUCGGUUUGAAGAAGAACUGGAACACAUGGACAGAGACUUCAAGGAGCUGGCUAACCAGAACGAGCAGAGCUGUAGAGACUUGUACAGCUAUUUUCAGGAGGCCAUGGGUCUCUGGGGUGUCCAUCAAGAGAAACUGAGCCAGCAGGAAGGUGACCUUCAGAAGAAGUUAAAUGAAUGCAGACGGAAGCAGGAUAACAUAAUACAGAGGAUGGACGCUGAUCUGGAUAUAAUUUUGAAAAAAAUGAAAACAGCGAGCUCUGAGGAGAAUCUGAAGGCUUAUUUGAAGAGUGCCCUUUCUUCUUUAGAUGACAUUAGAGCUAGGUACGGGACAUUCAGCCAAGUUCUAAUGGAUGAAGUAACACCGUACCCAGGAGCUGUUCUGCAGGAAUUGAUUUCCUAUAGUACUUCCAUCAGCCAGUAUUUUCAUGUAAAGGAAAUCUUCAAACAGGAUGUAUUCAACAGCAGCAAGGCAGAAAGCUCCGAAAAUGACAAUGAGACUUUUUCCACUUCUAGUGGAAAUUCUUACACAGUUUUUGAAGAGACCGACACUGGCAUCCCAAAGACUUAUUUUACCAAAUAUGAAAGUAAAGGAUCACUGCCAGUGUACCUGAAGGAUGCACUUAUCAAUGAAACCAUGUUUGUAGAUCUGAAGAAAAGGGUUCGCCUUUGCUUUUUUGAACACUUGGAGAAGUGGUUUGCAGAGUCCGUGUCCAGGUCACAUGUCCUUGUGGCUGACAAGAAAGAGGAGCUGAAUUCGGAACUGCAGAUGCGUCUUCACUCACAUCAACAGAGGUGUGAGAAUAUUGAGACAAACAUCUGCAAUGCUAGAGCCGCGGAACUGGUGCAUCACAAAGAGCGCCUGGAGCACCACUGUGCAGGGGUGGUGGAAGCUCUGGAAAAGGAGAAAGCUGAAUUUCUCAAAUUCUAUGAUCAGCAAGAUAACCUAAUGAAAAACUUACAUUCACGAAUCUGUGAGAUGGAGUCUGUCUACCUCAAUACUGCUCGGACCGAGAAGUUAACUUCAUUGAGCAACAGCAUGCAGACAGAGCUACAGAACCAUCUGGAAGUGUUCCAGGCUGCCCUGAGGAGUUACAGGAAGGAUUUGGAGGACUCUUUAGGAAAAUUAAAGGAUUCAAAUGCGGAAUUUCUCAAAGCUUGCAGAUUAUCUUUGGAGGGAGGUAACUUUUCUGCUGAGGAGCUACAGUCUGUCAGCAAGCGUCUUCAGAAGGAAAGCAAGCGUAUUGACACUUUUGAAAGUUUAAUCAUGGCAGAUAUGGAAAAAGUGGAAUCGAGCUGCUUGGAAAAGGCUACUAAACUUAUCGACCAGACUAAAACAAGAUUCCAUUACAUCUUUAUGAAUCGAGAAUUUAUGGAGAAGAUCCGACGAUUUCUGACAAAUCUACGAGUUCAAAUCAAAUCAGAGGUAGCAAAUUCCAAUAUGCAAGCAGAAACACUGAAGUCUUCUCUCAAUAAGCUCCGUCAGAAGAGAGACACUUAUGCUAAUCCUAGUGCAGAUAAAGAAGCUUUGACCUCUGAAGAACUGCAUGAUUUUGUCAAAGUCGUGCUGAAAGAACUGAAGAAGAGGAGCCAGUACCUUGACUGUGUGCGGGUAAAAGCAGUGAAGCCUCAUGAUAAGGAGGACCUUACCCCUCUUGAAAGGGAUGUGAAGUUACAAGGUCCAACUGAUGCUGCCAUUCGAAGAGGCUGCUGCCAUCGUCUCAGAAAUGAGAACAGAGUGGCACUGAUGGGGAUGGAUCCUGAAAAACAUCCUUUGUUAAGUCCAAGCAGAAUGGGAAAGUCUGCACUUGAUGAUUUAGCAAUAGGUGUUAUCAAAAGUUUACUUGACAUUCAACCAUCGGGAAAAUCUUCAGGCCCAAAGCAGGCGAAAGAUCGUUCACGUCCACUACAACCAGCAAUGCUUCCUACAUUAAAGAAGGAUUCACACUUGAAGGUAUCAAAGGCAGGCCCUGGGCAUUCCACUACUGACAGCAGUGCGGCUCAGCACACCAGGAAGUCACCACCCAAGGAAAAGAUGACCAGUAAGUUGUCAUCUAAGAAAAAGAUGUCAACAAGAAGGAUACAGCUUGUCCGCGAGAGAUACCAGAUAUUUGGAGAGAAGCCUCCAGAAGCUGAGACAUUUAAGGGGAUUAUUAUGAAUGUCCUCUGGACAGGCAAUAACAGCUUGCUCUCUCUUGCUGAGGAGUUCUACAAAGAAAUGAAUCCUCAAAUGGAACUGCCAGAAGAUCUGCCAGAGACAUUUGAAGAUUGUGCACAACAGUUCAAACAGACGCUGUUGUCAUACCAAAGACAGACGGAAGAUUACUACAAUUCCUGUCUUAAAGAAUUUCAAGAUCAAUUGAGUCUGUUUGAGAAGGAGCUCGCUUACGUCCCCCGACUGGCCACUGACAGACUUUUAAAAGAACACGAGCAGAAGCUCAGAUAUUCCAUAAGUCAGAUUCAUCAUCGCUUCAAUAAACAAAUGAAAGAAUGGGAGAAAGUGAGGGUUGUGCACAAGACUCUGUUAAAAUCCUCUCUGGGCCACCCCCAAAACCUGCUUAAACUGGAGACUUUGUGCUGUGAGGAAACAAAAAGACAAAAAGAUCAAGUUGAUGGCAUUCACCUCAACACACAGGCUCUUCAGGACUGUGCGGCAGAGUGCGCUCGGAACUUUGUUUCUGCUCUGGCUGCACUCACUGAAGAACUGCUGCUGGAUUUAGAUGAAACUAUCACUAGUGAUGACAUAGAAGCACCGAAAACCAAAUCACCAAAGAAGCCGCCAUCUACUCUGCCUCCUCAGAGACAAGCUGGCCUCCCUCUAUGUACCUGCGAUGUUGAACGUGGGAGCAGGACUUGGCCGGGAAUACCCAGGACUACUCUCCCAGGCCAUCCAGAUGAUAUUCUGUGCAAAGAAACAGCGUCAGUCACAACAGCAAAGACGACGCUGGGCCACAUAGCAGCUGAAGAAGCGAGAGAUGCUGCCUAUAAGGAAUACAUAUGUCAACUUGAGCAGCAGUUUUCCCAGAUGAGGGAAAAAAGCACAGCUCAGCUGCUGGCAGUUCAAGGCUGGGAAGAGUGGUGGAAACGAUCAGUCUGGAAGAUCAAGAGACUCUAUGAGUGAAGUCAGCCCAAUCUUGCUGACGUCCUUCUGAUCACCGUUGAUGUACACUGACAACUUUGUACUAGUGUCAGUGAUUGUACAGAUUUAGUCCCACAGAAUUUUUAAAUUUUUUAAAUUUCUGCUGCACUGAACAAGUGCAGUGGUGAAAGGAGUCAUUUUUUACUUCUUGGAAUACAAAAUCUGAUGAAUGUGCUGUAAAUAAAAUGUAGACCUCUGUGCAGUGCUUCCUAGUCGGAUCUCAGCCAGUGGAACGCUAACUCCUUGUGGUGCUAGCUGCAAUAUGAGAAUCUGGAAAGCUCGGAGCCCGAGCAGUGGAUUUGCACUGAAGUUCACGUUCACGACUCUGGCAUGGCUGAAUGUUUGUGUCAUGGCACAGCCUGAGGCUGUAAUAGUCAAAGCAGCGUGUUUAAUAAUGGAGUCCAGCAAGGAAACUUUAUCUUCAGCAGAGACAAAGCACUUCCCUCGGAUAUUCCUCUCUUCACAUUCUGAACGACACUGAACUCACAGCUUGCUAUUUCAGGUUUAAAAUCUGAACUACGGGUUUAGAAGUCUGAAAUAGUUGAUCUGCAAAGAAUAUUUUCCAUGGACGGGUCUGCGAGUGAGGUAUUUAUCUGCAGUCCAGAAUGCUUUCCAAGGCAGAGCUUGAAGAUAACGUUCUGCUUUGUUCUGGGAGGUCAAGCAAGUUCACUUCAGAGUAACACAGCUGCUUUCAACCAUAUCGCUUCCAAAAAGACUCUGAACAAGUUCAAGGAACCUGAGUCACUAUUAAAAAGGCUUUAGCUAUCGUUUGUGUGUUUGUUAGGAGAUUCUGUCCUUAACUGCAACCACAUCUAUUUCAUUUUUGUUUGCAUUCAUUGUGAAUCCUAGAGUUUUAAAUCCGUUGAGGACAAAUACGGUAAAUGUCAGUGAGAUGGUUUUAGAGGCAGGGAGACA